UCCCGUCUUAUUGUGGAGGUGCCGAUUUGCCAGUAGGGGUGAUCAUCAGUUUUACGUGUAGAAACAGCCUCGUCCUUCCCCCCACCGCCUCUUUUUUUUUUUUUACUUCUAGCAGAAGUGCGGAUGUGAGUUGCACAUUAAAACGGAACAGGCCGCCAGUUGUUGUUUUUGUGUUGUUGGUUUGAGCGAUGCGCGCUUAGGCGAUGCUCGUCGUGUGGAGCUAUGAAUCCAGAGGAGCAGACGGUGACGUGGUUGAUAUCGCUCGGAGUGCUCAGCUCGCCCAAAAAGAACGUAGCGGAUCCGGAGGAGUUUCUGAAAACCUCGCUGAAGGAUGGGGUCGUCUUGUGCAAGCUCGCGGAACGGCUCAUACCUGGCUUCACUCCCAAGUACUGCCAGGACCCGAGAGCUGAAGCCGACUGCAUUACCAAUAUCAAGGAGUUUUUAAAAGGAUGCUCUUCUUUGAAAGUGGAGGGGUUUGAACCAGAGUGGCUAUACACUGGCGAAAACUUUGGCAAGGUCCUGACCACAUUGAUGGCUGUCAACUUUGCCACACAGGAAUGUGCUCCUGAGAGAUGUUCCCAGCCUGCCGCUCACUCUCCUCGCCAGUCGACAUCUUCUCACACGCUCUCCUCCGCCAAAUCCAAAGGCUCUCUGCGUAGACGAUCCAAAUCGGAGAUGUCAGAGAACGGUGGAGGCGGGCAGCUGCUGGUGAAGGCUCGCUUCAACUUCAAGCAAAACAACGAGGACGAGCUGUCAUUCAACAAAGGCGACUUGAUCCAUGUGAUGCGGCAGGAGGACGGCGGAUGGUGGGAGGGGGCAAUCGGCGGCAAGACGGGCUGGUUCCCCAGCAACUACGUCCGGGAGAUCAAACCCUGCGAGAAGCCAACGUCUCCUAAAGGCACUCAGCUGACCAAAAACUACUACAGUGUGGUGGUGCACGACAUCCUGGAACAUGAGCGGGAGUUUGUCAAAGAAUUGCAGGCAGUGCUCAAUAGUUAUCUACGACCCCUGCAAGCCAGCGACAAGCUGAGCAGUGCAGACAGCGUCGCCCUCGGUGGAAACCUGGAGGAGAUACUCACCUUCCAGCAGGGACUGUGUGUGGCUUUGGAGGACUGUACCAAAGUCCCAGAAGGCCAGCAGCGAGUGGCGGGCUGCUAUUUAAACCUCAUGUGUCAGAUCAAGAAUCUGUACAUGGCUUACUGUUCCAGCCAUCCUUCAGCUGUUUGUAUCCUCACGGACCACAGUGAGGAACUCGACAAGUUCAUGGAGAGUCAAGGGGCCAGUUCUCCAGGGAUCCUGACCCUGACCACCAGUCUCAGCAAGCCCUUCAUGAGGCUCGACAAAUACCCCACGCUGAUGCAGGAGCUGGAGAGACAUGUGGAGGAAGCCCACCCAGACUAUGUGGACAUUGUAAAGGCUUCAGCAGCCUUUAGGAGCCUAGUGACGCAGUGCCAGGAGCUGCGGAAGCGCAAGAACCUAGAGCUGCAGAUUUUGUCGGAGCCGGUGCGCGGCUGGGAGGGAGACAGCAUGAAGAGCCUGGGUCACGUGGCCUACAUGUCCCAGGUCCACGUAAAAAAUGGGUCCAGUGAGGAAAAAGAGGAGCGUUAUGUAAUGCUUUUUCCUCAUGUGUUAGUCAUGCUGUCCGCCAGUCCCCGGAUGAGUGGCUUUAUUUAUCAGGGUAAACUGCCACUGACAGGCACUACAGUAACACGACACGCAGAGGACACAGAGAAUGGACACUAUGCCUUGGACAUUACAGGAAGCAUCGUUGAUCGUUUUACGGUGUUCUGCAGUAGUGCCCAGGAGUUACAAGAAUGGUUAGAGCACCUUCAGCCCUUUAGCAAAGGAGGAAGCCCUGUAGGAACCAACUCAAAGACGGCAGACGGCAAGCCGCUGAGCAUGGUCGGCGCCCCCGCUCACAUGUCCCACCUGGGCAGCCUCAGCGCCGUCAGCCGGGGCCCCCUGGAGCCGCCGAAGACCAGCAAGCCGUGGUCCCUCAGCUGUCUGCGGCCCGCGCCUCCCCUCAAACCCUCCGCGGCGCUGGGAUACAAAGAGAGGAUGUCUUAUAUCACGAAGGACUCCAGCAAGAGCCCGCGGCCCAUAAAGAAGUUCCUGCCAGGCAGCAGGAAGAAAGAACGGAAGCCCUCUGAUGACGAAGUUCAAACGAGGAAAAGCACGGCGGCGCUGGAGGAGGACGCCCAGAUACUGAGGGUGAUUGAGGCGUACUGCACGGGGGCCAGCCUGCAUCAGACCACCGCAGGUGUGCGUCUAUCGGUGCGGAAAGAGUGCGUCCCUCAGGUGCUUCUGCCAGAGGAAGAGAAGAUCAUUGUGGAGGAGAUGAAGAGCAACGGCCAGACAGUUAUCGAGGAAAAGAGCCUGGUUGAUGCUGUGUAUGCUCUGAAGGACGAGGUUCAUGAACUGAAGAAGGAGAAUAAGUGGAUGAAGCAGUUUCUGGAGGAGGAGCAGAAGUCUCGCAAAGACCUGGAGAGAGUGGUUCGAAAACUGGCCAAGCAGAAGAAUGAUUUAGCUUGGGACGACAGCGGCCACUGAGCACGCCCACACUGCCGGCCUCAUCGUGUGUGUGUGUGUGGGUACAUUUAUGUGCUUAUGGAGGGUCAGGUGUGUGUGUGUGUGUGUGUGUGUGUGUGUGUGUGUGUGUCCGUCUAACGUAGCGUCUCCAUAUUUCAAUCACACGCGGCAGAGUGGAACUCUCUUCCGUUUCAAGCGCUGCAGCUUGAUUCUGACAUUUUUUUUUUCCGGAGCGCGUCUCAUCCGUCUUGCUGAUCCCGCCUCACUAGAUGAGAGCAAAGAAGAUGCUUCUCCACAAAGCAGCUCAGCUGAACCCAGACUGCUGAAGUGGGACGCUUGGAACCGGCGGCCUCUGGUGCAAACGGCACCGCGAGACCAACGGGAGGUCUUUCGCUUCAGUGGAAAUAGAAAAGGAGCACGAAGCCAUCAAGUCCAAUCAAUGGGUGUUUUCUUGCUUACACUCCUGUUACCAAGGGGAGGGAUUUUGUUGACAUUUUUUUUUUUUUUUUGGUCACAAGGGUGCGAUUUUCAUUUUUGUAUCAUUCUAGACUUUCACAUAACAGGUUUCCACAACCUUUUGUAGGCGUAGGCAAUUCAAAUACGUUGGCUCAUCCUGUUGCAUUCAUUUGUUUCCAGAAGCCCUCGACUGUUUAUUAAAAACUGCAUGAUUGUACAGUGUUUCUACAGGAUAAAUUCUGCAUCAGAAAUGUGAUAAUCAAGAUAUUCAGAUAUAUUUAUAAGUAUAUAUAUAUAGUACAAAGCUACCAAGUCAUGAUAAAAUACAAAAAAGACUUAACUAUCAUUUACAUAUAUAAU